AUGGAUAAAGUAACAAAAUUUGAUUUCUAUUUUCACGACAUAGCUAGUGGGAAAAAUCCAACUGCAGAUCAAAUAGCCCAGUCCAAUAUGACUGCCGAAUCCCCAACUUUCUUCGGGGUUCUUGUUAUGAUAGACAGCCCACUAACACUUGGGCCAGAGCCCAAUUCUACUUUAGUGGGUCGAGUCCAAGGAAUUUAUGGUUCAGCUGAUCAAAAAGAAUUUGGUCUACUUAUGAACCUUAACUUUGUGUUUACCACUGGUAAGUACGGUGGUAGUACACUGUGUAUACGUGUUCUUGGCCGGAAUCCAGCACUUCAAAACUACCGUGAGAUGCCGAUCGUCGGCGGUUCUGGUGUUUUCCGGUUGGCUCAGGGGAUCGCCACUGCUAAAACCUAUUGGAUUAAUACAACCAGUGGGGAUGCUAUUGUUGAGUAUAAUGUUAUAGUCCAGCAUUUUGACAUUUGA